AUGACGGCUCAUCCUCCCUAUUUAAAUGAUUUUUAUUAUAAUAAUAAUAACAGUAACAAUUAUCAAUCUCCAAAUAAUAUAAAUAAUCGUUUUGCUACCACCGGCUCGAAAGGCGAAUCAAGAAUGACACAAUUAUUCUCGCCAUCUUACUGCCAAUAUUCCACACCACAACACGGAAUGACAUCACCCUGUGAACAGUACGUGUCCGAUACUAGCAAUGAUAUGUUUCAGUAUCAUCGACAAUUAUCAACAACACCAUUUUUUUAUCCGCCCCGUUUAUUGUACAACCAAUCACAGCAACCAAACUUAGUCUCAUGUACUAUUCCCAAUACCACUCGAAUGCCAGUUCGACUGGCUCAUCAAACGUCACUAACCGAUUGUACGUCAAAUAAUACGAAUAAUUCAGUUAUUAAUUUAUCUAAGAAACGGCUAGAGCCCACAGCUGAGUUUGUAUAUUGGAACACAAAUGAAAUAACAGUAAAACAACAACAGUCUUCGAAGAAGAAUGGUGAAUUAAUAUUUUUACCAACACAGAUUAAAAAAGAAUCAUGUGAACCAAUAGUAUAUGACAGUUCCAAAGAGGAACUGGUAUUAAAUGGACGCGAGAUCAUCAAAAACGACAGCAAAAAUCGAGUUAAGAUAGAAUCCUUAGAUGCAAAUGGAAUAGCCAAACAACCACAACAGCAGCAACAAAUUACAAGAAAAGAAACUCGAGAUAAUCUAGAAAAUCUGUCCAAUUGUCAAAAAAUAAUUCAACAAGAAGAGGAGCAAACGGAACGAAGUUCAUCGAUAUCAAUGCUAAUGAAUAAUGAGAGCAAACAACGACAAAAACAAGAUCAUCUGAUCAGAAAAAUUCCAGUUUCAUCGGAAGAUAAACGCCGCUGUGCUGUAUGUAGCGAUAUAGCAUCGGGUUAUCAUUAUGGUGUAUGGUCAUGUGAAGGAUGUAAAGCAUUUUUCAAACGAAGUAUUCAAGGCGUUAAUGAAUAUAUCUGUCCCGCUACAAACACGUGUACAAUCGACAAACAUCGUAGGAAAAGUUGUCAAGCAUGCCGAUUGAGAAGGUGCUAUGAAGUGGGAAUGACAAAAGGAACAACAAGAAGGGAACGACGGUAUAAACGAAAAGCAGUCUCCGUGUGCAAAAUAAGUUCAACUAGUUCGACGCCAAAUAAUACAGCGAAUGCUCAAGAACCGCAAGUGCCGCAGUCAUCUGCUCUAAUGGCACAGCCGCAAAAGCAGAUUUUACAAGAAUCACGUAUUAACAGUUCAGCCGAAUUUAUUACAAUCUUAUCUCAAGCUUCACGUUUAAAUCUGCCAGCUAAAAUAGAUUUAACCAUACAGUUAGAUGAUAAAUAUUUUUUACAAUUAUUAGCAAAAAUUUUUGAUCAAGAAUUAGUUGUUUUAAUCAAUUGGGCAAAGACAGUACCUGGCUAUACUGAAAGUUUAACGCUCGAUCAACAAGUCACAAUAAUUGAACAAUCUUGGCUUGAUACCCUACUGUUGGGUAUUAUUGAACGAUCCGUUGAACAUAGUGACGAUUCUUUGCAUUUCGCACCUGAUUUUACUAUACCUCGAACUCGUGAAUUAAACAGCCCCACCCUUCAGUGUAUAUGUAGUAAUCUAUUUAAUUUAGUACAAGCUUUCAAAGAACCUCGAACUACACAUGAAGAAUUUAUUGCGCUCAAAGCAACGAUACUAAUUAAUUCAGUACCAUCGACAAUCAGUUCAACAAAAGCACUUCGUACGCUAACAAAUCAAGUGUAUCAGUCAAUUCAAUAUGCAUCGGACAGUAAUCCACAUAUCUAUAAUGAAAAUUAUAUUCGACAUUUUUUCCUUCUAUUACAAUUACCACAUAUAAAACUGCUUAGUAGUCGAUUGAUACGUUUAUUUCUUGAUAUGAGAAUAUUAAAUAUGUUACCGCAAGCCGAUUUACUUCUCGAGAUGUUGGAUGCACAGGAGAUGAUUGAUAUCAAUAAUUUAUCAUUAAUAAAUAACAAUAAUAGUGGUGGCGAGAGAUGUAGUAGUCAGCAAUCGUUUUCUAAUACAUCACCUAAUCAACUAGACAAUUUUAAACUUAAUACACAAAUGUCGUCGUACUCUGAAUCUAUUUCUUCAUUUUCGGAACAACAACAGCAAGACGUUGCUGAUAUUAAAACGAACGAUAUUGAUGAUGAAGAAGAUUGUAACGUAAUACAAAUGAACCGAAAUAACUCGUCUAAUCAACUAUCAUCUUCGCAAAUGAUGUUGAAUGCUAGUCGAAACGAUUAUUCUCAUUCCCUGCCAUCGUUAAAUAUUCAGACCCAAGGGUCAUUCCAAACAGCAACAUCAUCCUCAUCAAAUCCUCUGGCAAUGAUUUAUCCUCCACAACCGCGAUCAACUCCAAUCUCUGCUGCCAGUUUCUCUUCAACAUCUUCAUAUCACUAUUUUGAUCAAAAUACAAAUCGUCUUUCAUCACCACAAGAUAUUAUUUAUGAUGCAACAACAAUAACACAACAAUCAUCUGCACCAUUACAACAAAUACGAAAAGCUGCAAAAUCAUACAAACGUCAACGUCACGAAGAUAAUAGUGAAUUUUAA